UGGAACUGCCAAAAUUCAACUCAUUAAAAUAACGAAUCCAGAUUCCAGAGAGAAAGAAAAAAAUUGAAAACCAGAGACAUGGAAGAGGAAGAAGGAGAAGGAAAGAAUUAUUAUACUAACAAUAAUCAGAAGGGUGAAAUUGGGAAACCAUUGAUUUUGUUAAUAUGUGGAACAUUAGUAUAUUACCAUUGUGCUUACAGAAAUUCGAGUCUACUCUCAUUGAUUUCUGAUGUAUUCAUUGUUCUUCUUUGUUCCUUGGCCAUUCUUGGUAUGUUCUUUCGUCAUAUCAGUAUCACAGUUCCGGUGGAUCCACUUGAAUGGCAGAUUUCACAGGACACAGCAAAUGCCAUUAUUGCUACUUUGGCUAAUACAUUAGGUGCGGCGGAGUCUGUUUUGAGAGUUGCAGCUACUGGGCACGACAAAAGACUAUUCAUUAAGGUGGUUGUCAUUCUUUACUUGCUAUCAGCUGUGGGACGAGUUGCCUCAGGAGCUACAGUUGCAUAUGCUGGGCUGUGCUUAUUUUGUCUGUACAUUGUUGCCCAAAGCUCUCAGUCGAUCAGUGAAUGCGCGUCUCAAAUUCUGAAGAGAAGAGAGUCUACAGGUGCAGCACAAGAUGUCAUGUAGUUGAAGCUUGAAAGUAUCUCAAAUUUUAGACAUUUGUGAAUAUCAGGUUUGUCACUUUUUAAUUGUAUAAAUAGCUAAAGCUAGUAUGUCUUUGUUCUUUUGUAAAGCCUCUUCUGGCUAUUGAAUAAUGUGGGGUAGUCUUUACCAUACAGAAUUAGCUGUUGAACAAAUACGAACAACUUAGAAUUGAUAGAAAAUAUUAUUAUCUCAAGUUCAAGGAAUUCAUCUAAUUUCAUCAGUUGCA